CCAGGCCUGACUCGACUCGACUCUUCUUCUGUUCACGUCCCGGACACAGACUGGAAGAGAAGAUAUAUUCUCUCCUACACCCACCCACCAGACCAAAAGAAAAAUCAUGUCCUCCCCCUCCUCCCUCUCCAUCGAAAUCACCCUCCCCAACGGCAAAACCUACACCCAACCCACCGGCCUCUUCAUCAACAACGAAUUCGUCCCAGGAAACUCCACUCCCAUCUCCGUCCACGACCCCUCCACAGGCAACCUCAUCACCUCCUCCAUCCACUCCGCCUCGCGCUCAGACGUCGACCUCGCCGUCUCCGCCGCCCGCACCUGCCUCUCCUCCUCAGACCCCUCAUCAUGGCCAUCCCUCCCCGCCGUCUCCCGAGGAGAAUUACUAACCCGUCUCGCGAAUCUCAUCCAUCGUGACCGGGAAUUAUUAGCAGCAAUUGACGCGUUUGAUAAUGGGAAACGUUAUCAAGAUGCCUUGGAGGCGGAUAUUGAAGAGAGUUGGCAGGUUUUUCGAUAUUAUGCCGGUUGGGCGGAUAAGAUUUCGGGGAAAACUAUUGAGACGGGACCGGGGAAGUUGUGUUAUACGUUGCAGGAACCUUUGGGGGUUUGUGCGCAGAUUAUUCCUUGGAACUUCCCCUUCAUGAUGCUCGCAUGGAAAGUCGCGCCUGCAAUCGCCUGCGGCAACGCCGUCGUCGUCAAAUCCGCAGAACAAACUCCCCUCUCCGCUCUCUACUUUGGCAAAUUAGUACAAGAAGCCGGAGCUCCUCCCGGUUUAAUCAACAUUCUCUCCGGCUAUGGCAAAGAAGCCGGAGCAGCCCUCGCCGAACAUUUGGAUGUGGACAAGGUUGCUUUUACGGGAAGUACGGCGACGGGACGAACGAUUAUGAAGGCUGCUUCGGCCAAUUUGAAAAAUAUUACGCUGGAAUGUGGUGGGAAGAGUCCGAGUAUUGUUUUUGCGGAUGCGAAUUUGGAGCAGGCGGUGAAAUGGACUCAUUCGGGAGGACUAUUCAACCAAGGAGAAGUCUGUACAGCAACCACAAGAAUCUACGUGGAAGAAUCCAUCCACGACCAAUUCGUCGAAGAAUUCAUCAAAUAUACCAAAUCCACGUCGACGGUCGGUCAUCCUUUUGACGAAGCAACGUUUCAAGGCCCACAAGUCUCUCAAGCACAAUAUGAAAAAGUCCUCGAUUUUAUUGAAGUCGGGAAACAAGAAGGUGCAAAAGUGGAAAUGGGUGGAGGAGCAUUUAAAGCAGGUAAAGAAGGAGGAGGAGGAGGAGGAUAUUUUAUCGAACCGACGGUAUUUUCUAAUAUCUCCCCCACCAUGCGCAUCGUCCGCGAAGAAAUCUUCGGCCCCGUAAUCUGCAUCGCCAAAUUCCGCAGCACCGCCGAAGCCAUCCAGCUCGCCAACGACAGUUCCUACGGGCUCGCAGCGGCCGUGUUUACAGAAAAUUUACGCAAGGGACAUGUGGUGGCGGCGAAAAUUCAAGCGGGAAUGGUCUGGUUGAAUUCUUCGGGAGAUUCACAUUGGGGAAUUCCGUUUGGGGGUUAUAAGCAGAGUGGGAUUGGGAGGGAAUUGGGAAGUUAUGCGUUGGAGGCGUAUACCCAGACCAAGGCUGUGCAUGUUAAUUUGGGGGUGGAUUUGUGAGGGGCGGGGACGAGAUGCUUGGAUGAUGGGAGGGUUGUAAUGAG